AUGAGCUUGUCUGCGAGCAAGAAGGCGUCGUCGCUGGUGGUGGCGACGAGCAUGGCGGCCGUGGAGGCGCUCAAGGACCAGGCGGGGCUGUGCCGCUGGGACUACGCGCUCCGAUCGCUCUACCAGCGCGGCCGCCGCGCCGUCCCCGUCUCCCUCUCUUCUUCCACCUCCCAGGCGGCGAGCAACGGAGCAGCCGUCGCCGGCGUCGCCAGGGCUGCGCGGCCCGGGCGGUCCGAGGAGGAGAAGCUGCGCAAGGCGUAUCACAUCGUCUGCUGGGGGCCCAACUGAUUAUUUGUUCUGCUAUUCUGUCGCUCAAACCACAAAUGGUGGUGCAUAAAUCGAGUUAUAUGUAUAUUUGCAAG